ACGCUUAUUUUAAGUUUUGUAACAGCGGUUUCGGGCAGUUUUGUAACUCCGCACAAACAAAGCCGUUUGAAUUUCCCGCAGCACUUUAGGUGUCACGUGAACGCAGCUCACAGCCUGAUUGGCUCCGUCGCAGCGUCAGUUUAAAGAGCCACCACGAGGUGCGUUCCCAUUGGCCGCUUGUUCUAGCGCCAAGAUUUCAAUAAAAAGGGAUGAAAACACACUCAGCAGUCAGAUCAACAACAUGUCGCUGGACAAAGAAAACACGCCUCCGAGUCUGAACACCACCCGGAUCCUGGCGUCUAAAACCGCGCGUAAAAUCUUCGACGAUGCUGCGCCCAAAGCUGUGAGGAAGAUCAGCAGCAGCGAGGAGGAGCCGCUGCUGAAGGAAAACCCUCGUCGCUUCGUCAUCUUCCCCAUCCAGUACCACGACAUCUGGCAGAUGUACAAGAAGGCUGAGGCGUCUUUCUGGACCGCAGAGGAGGUGGACCUGUCCAAGGACCUGCAGCACUGGGAGGCUCUGAAGGACGAGGAGAGGUACUUCAUCUCUCACGUGUUGGCGUUCUUCGCCGCCAGCGACGGCAUCGUCAACGAGAACCUGGUGGAGCGCUUCACACAGGAAGUGCAGGUGACAGAGGCCAGGUGUUUCUACGGUUUCCAGAUCGCCAUGGAGAACAUCCACUCCGAGAUGUACAGCCUUCUCAUCGACACCUACAUCAAGGAGCCCAGUGAGAGGGAAUAUCUGUUCAACGCCAUCGAGACUCUGCCGUGUGUGAAGAAGAAGGCCGACUGGGCUCUCAACUGGAUUGGCAACAAGAGCGCCACCUACGGAGAGCGCGUGGUGGCCUUCGCUGCCGUGGAGGGGAUCUUCUUCUCUGGUUCCUUCGCUGCCAUCUUCUGGCUGAAGAAGAGAGGCCUGAUGCCCGGCCUGACCUUCUCCAACGAGCUCAUCAGCAGAGACGAGGGUCUGCACUGUGACUUUGCCUGUCUGAUGUUCAAACACCUGGUGAACAAACCGUCCAAAGAAACCGUCACCAAGAUCAUCAAGAACGCCGUGGCCAUCGAACAGGAGUUUCUGACGGAGGCUCUGCCCGUGAAGCUGAUCGGGAUGAACUGUGAGCUGAUGAAGCAGUACAUCGAGUUUGUAGCUGACAGACUGAUGCUGGAGCUCGGCUUCUCAAAGAUCUACCGGGUGGAGAACCCCUUCGACUUCAUGGAGAACAUUUCUCUGGAGGGAAAGACCAACUUCUUUGAGAAGCGCGUGGGCGAGUACCAGAGGAUGGGCGUCAUGUCCGGCCCCACAGACAACACCUUCAGGCUGGAUGCCGACUUCUGAGGACAGGUGGACCCAUCCACUCUCAGCCGCACAUUUCAGCCUCGGGAACCAACCGGUGCAGGAGGACGGUGGGUUUACCCUCAAAUUCAACUUCAGCCUGUCUCCCAGUGCAUGCUGGGACUGGCUCCGCCCCCUGCAGCCUUCAGUCUAGAAGGUAAAUGGAUUUUCACUACUCUUCUGCACCACAGCACAAAUGAUGGACUAAAGCUUCAUCUCAUCAGCACUGCAGCCUGUUUCUGUAAAUAAACUUUAAACAUUUUGUAAUAAAAUGAAAAUUUGAUUUAUAUGUUCAUACUUUUAGAUCAGCUUUGUGUCUGAGCUUAAUGUUAAAUAUUUGUAUUUUUUCUAUGUAAACUAAGUUUGUACAGUUUGUUUUUAUAAAGUCUGUUGUAAGUUUGUUCGUAUGUUUUAUAGUUUUAUAGUUGUUUUAAUUUGUACAGUUAUUUAGUUUUUUGUAAUAAAGUCAGUUGUACUUUAUGUUGAAGCUUCAGUUCUGUUCAUUACUGUUAUGAUGAAGUUUGGGUUUAAACACGGACGUUAAGAAUUAAACUCACAGAUUUUAUUUGUAUUCUAAUUUUGUCUAAAACAAAAAUUCAUCAUGUUUGAAAUAUUUGUUUUCACAUUUAAUUUCUGUACAGAUAAAUCAGGGCAGAGCCAGGCUAGCUGUUUCCCUUUGUAUGCAAUAUUUAUGCUAAGCUUAGUUUUUAUGCUAAACUGGUGGGUACUAAUCACUUUCUCACCUUUUUAUAGGCAAUUAAUCAUGAAAUUAAUUCUUAUAUCAUUUAGAGAUUUUCUUAUUUUUAAUACUUUGUUUAAAACUUUCGAUUUCGAUGAUCGGUCACUUGUUUGAAUCUCUCUCUGGUUAAAGUUUCUCCUCUGUGAAGAUGCUCUUCUCUGUUUUUAUGUCAUUAGAAACUGUAUUAAGAUGAAAACUGAAGUCAAAUUACUGAAUUACUGAAGUUAAAUCUAUUAAAGACUUGAAGAGACGAAUAUUAAA